GUCUACAGACUGCAGUCGUAUGUUGAUAUGGUGCAAACGAAUGACGUACUAGUAAGUUGUCUGCAGCCCAGACAAAUAAAGAAGGAUUUACAUUUCUGAUAUAAAGUCAACUAGACAGAAGGGGAGCAAAUGAAACCUGGAUUAUGAUCUUUGAAUGAUUUACCUACCCAUUUUUUUGCCUGAUAGUGAAAGUAUUUUAACCUUUUAUUUCCCCUUGAACCUGCUUUGAUGUGGUGCGAUUACCUUUAGCAUCUUGGUGGACAUUUGUCUGCAGUUAUUUAUUUGAUCCUUACAGAAAACAAGAGGAAACAUGGUUCCAAAUGGAUAUCUCAGUUUUGAGGACGAGCAAUUUAUUGAGUCCUCUGUUGCUAAACUCAAUGCAUUGCGGAAAAGUGGUCAAUUUUGUGACGUCAAACUUCAGGUUUGUGGCCAUGAGUUGCUGGCACAUAAAGCAGUUCUUGCUUGCUGCAGCCCUUUCUUGUUUGAAAUAUUUAACAAUGAUAACGAGACUCAUGGGAUUUCACAUGUAAAAUUUGAUGACUUGAACCCAGAAGCAGUGGAAGUCUUAUUAAAUUAUGCAUACACUUCACAGCUAAAAGCAGAAACAGACCUUGUAAGAGAUGUAUACUCUGCAGCUAAGAAGUUAAAGAUCGAUCGCGUAAAACAGGUUUGUGGAAAUUAUUUGCUCUCCAAGAUGGAUUCACAGAGCUGUAUAUCAUACCGUAAUUUUGUGAAUACCAUGGGUGACUGGCGUUUGUUGAAUAAAAUAGACGGUUACAUUCAGGAGCAUCUUCUGGAGAUCUCGGAACAGGAAGACUUUCUAAAACUCCCACGACUCAAGCUGGAAAUUAUGCUUGAGGACAACUUCUCCCUUCCCAAUAAUGGUAAAUUGUACACAAAGGUAAUCAACUGGGUCCAGAGAAGCAUAUGGGAAAACAGCGAAACAUUGGAAUCCCUAAUAGAAGAGGUACACACAUUAUACUAUUCUGCCGAGCACAAGCUGCUUGAUGGAAACAUUAAGAAUGGAAAUGAAGAGCCAUUGUCAAAUGCUGAAGACAAUGUUCAGUUGAUCCAGAAGAAAUCGCCACGUGAAAAUGAUCACAAGCACUUUUUCAAUACUUCCUCUGGACCUCUCUCACCUCCAAGCACCAUGACACUGGGCCCCAAGCAAGAAUGGAAGAUAAUUGCAUCAGAGAAGAAGACAAGUAAAACAUAUUUGUGUCUUGCUGUCUUAAACGGCACCCUCUGUGUAAUCUUUCUACAUGGACGUAACAGCCCCUCCAGCUCACCAUCUAGCACCCCUCGCUUGAUGAAAAGUUUGAGUCUUGAAAUGCAGCCUGAAGAUUCAGUCGAAAAAACAAUGUCUCCAAUGCACUAUGCCCGCUCUGGUUUGGGAACUGCAGAGUUAAAUGGCAAGCUCAUUGUUGCAGGUGGUUAUAACCGAGAAGAGUGUCUUCGUACAGUUGAGUGUUACGAUCCUUCCAGUGAUACUUGGACUUUUAUUUCCCCUAUGAAAACACCUAGGGCAAGAUUUCAAAUGGCUGUUCUGAUGGGUCAGCUGUUUGUUGUUGGGGGGUCAAAUGGUCAUUCUGACGAGCUGAGCUGUGGUGAAAAAUAUGAUCCCAGGUUAAAUGUGUGGACUCCAGUCCCUGAGUUGAAAACAAACCGUUGCAAUGCAGGUGUUUGUGCUGUUGGUGGGAAGCUUUACAUCAUAGGAGGCUCUGAUCCUUACGGACAGAAAGGCCUUAAAAAUUGUGAUGUGUUUGAUCCCUUAACUGGCACGUGGUCAAGCUGUGCAUCCCUAAAUAUCAGAAGACAUCAGCCUGCUGUGUGUGAUCUUGGAGGCCACAUAUAUAUAAUCGGUGGUGCUGAAUCCUGGAACUGUCUUAAUUCAGUAGAGCGUUACAACCCUGAAAAUGAUACAUGGACAUUAGUUGCGCCUAUGAAUGUGGCUCGUCGUGGAGCUGGAGUGGCUGUUUAUGAUGGAAAGCUGUUUGUCGGAGGUGGUUUUGAUGGCACUCAUGCUCUAAGCUGUGUGGAAUCGUAUGACCCUGUGAAGAACGAGUGGAAAAUGAUGGGUGGCAUGACAUCCUCUAGGAGCAAUGCUGGCGUUGUAGCUGUAGGGUGCCAUCUGUUUGCUGUUGGUGGUUUUGAUGGCAACGAGUUCUUGAAUACAGUUGAAACUUACAACCCAGAUUCAGAUGAUUGGAGCUCAUAUACCAAAACAUGCAAAUCCUAGCAAUUACUAAUUUGUAUGUAUUUCUAACUAUUCAGAGAUGAACACGGGAAGAGAAAAUAGUGAUUGUUGCACCAGCAACUUAUAUUUUUGCACAUUGCAUACUUUAAAAAAAUGUACAUAUUAUGUUUUAUUUUUGCUUGGGCAGAAAGAAGUUCUUUUUGGGAGGAUGGUGGAAUUCUGUGAGCUUAUACGCCAGCCCCCUCCCGUUUUGUGUGUGUAUAUAUUUAGGAUCGGUCAUUUUCUGCACUAACUUGUUGAAAGACUUAUUAAAGAGAAUUGCGAAGUGCUGGAUGUUUUUAGAUGGAUACCAAGUGGGUUUUUUAAUUUAAUUUUUUGGGGGGCAGGGUGGGAUAAUUGUGGGGGAGGGGGUCAAAAAGCCUUAACAUUUUUCAUUGAAAGUGCAGGUCUGCCAAAAGUUUUUGUUUUUUGUUGUGUUUUUUGCCUUUUUACCAUUUCAAUAAGCAGUGGCAAAUGUGCAAGAAAUGAUUGGCACAUCUAAGUUGAAUAUAUGUAUUUUUUCUUCAAGACCUCUUCAAUUUACAUACCUUGCUGCCAAUAAGCUUUUAAAUCUAAUGCUUGUAUGCAAAUUAAUUAUAAGCAUAUUCUAUACUGUUUCCAGUUUGGGUUUUCUCCUUUUUUUUUUUUUUCCUUGCUCUUUGUUGAAAGCAUUAAAUUAUUUUAGAAAGCAGUUACAUUUUAUCAUUUGCAAGGAUUUUGAGACGUUUUACACUCCUAUAAUAAACCAAAGUGUCUUGAAGUAGAGAACUAGAAACUUAGUAUCAGAAUAAUCUGAGUGUCUUUUUACAUUGUGUCUUAAGUCAGCAUUUUCUGUAUUUGUUGUAAAAUGAGUAAGAAACAAAAUUUAAAACAUCAAUAACUUGUUUGUUUUUUAUAUCACUACAAGUAUACAUAAUUCUUAAAUAAAAUUUGGCAUUUAAUAACAA